CUCAGUCGCCCAGACACCCCAGACUUCUUUUUCACUCUCCCUCCCUCGCUCCUUCCUCCUCACCCAGCCCACUCGACAUGAGACGAUAGCGGAGAACCACCCACGACCUGUGCAAAAUGCGCACCCUGCGACAGCUGCCCGUCGCCUAAUUGUUGUCGCAGUCGAUCGCCCCGCGGCCGACCGCCAUUUAUCGAUAGCCUCCCGCCGCUAGACAUUUUACCGACCAGCCCUCCGCCUCAGCCUGAUGCUGCAACUGACCGCAGGCCCCACGGCCACAAUGGCGAAGUCUCACCAGGCCACCGUCGAGGAUUACUUCUCUGACGAUGGCAAUCAUGGCGUGUCCAUCGAGCCUUUCACGCCGGAGCCCUCGCCCGGCAAGGCAAACGUUCACACCAAGCGGUCCAAUCCUGAGGAUAUGGGGAGUGACAGGACCCCUAAAGGAACAGUACCAAACAACGUGGACGUCAAGAGCGACUCUGGGUAUUCCAGCCAAUCCGCCGCCGGCAUGAGUAGCGCUGAUUCGGCUGCAAGUGCUACUUCGUCCCAGAGGAGCCCGCCUGUCCCUGCCGUCAAACCGGCACCUCCUUCCCCUACCCCAGCGCAGAAGCCCUCGCGACCUUCCCAGCACCACCGCCAGCAAAGCUCACAGAGUACCCAGAGCGUGCCGCGUUUGUCGCGCAGAGACUCUCAGACUUCGCGACGCCCUCCUGAACGCCGGCCUAUAGUCACGACGCAGCCCGCACCUCCUCCCAAACGACGGGACAGCCGAAACGUCGAAGAAUGCACGAUCCCUGGUUGCACCAAAUGUGGUCCUGAUGCCAUCGAACCUCGAUCACGACCGUCACGGCGCCAGUCCAUGCUGAACACACAGCCGGCCGAGUCAGCCCCCGAUGUUUCUUCUUACUCUCAUCCGUACGACACACGUUCGCAGGUUUCAGACCCUGCGCAAUACCUAUCGUCGCCUAGGGAGGAUCGGGCCCAACGAAUGUAUCAAGAAAGGCAAGGCGGACCUGUCACCCAGCCUGCCAUCAGCCGUCGACUCUCUGUGAACCAGCGGCCGGCUCGUCCCACCAGCUACCACGGCGACCCGAAUCACAACUGGCAACACCCAGGCAUGCCCACUCAUCCAGGCACGCCUACUGAGCAUGGCCCGCCUCUUUCAAGGUCGGCGUACGGCAACAUGCAUUAUCCGCAGCACCAACCCCAGCCGCAAUUGAACCUUCCAUACAUGCAACAAUUUCCGCUGCAGGGCCAACACCCACCUGCGUUCUACCAAGCGCAGCAGAUGCAACCUGCGCGUGAGCAGCAGAGGCCUCCUUUGCACGCACGAGCUUCCCAUGCAUCUGCUUAUAGUUACCCUGUGUCAACACCAGGGGUACAGGUAGAGCGUAGCGAUCGAUGCAUGCCCUCGGCAAGAUACCACAGCAAUGCUCUACCUCAGCCUUGGAUACAGCGCAACCGUGAGGAGGAAGUAUCAGAGUUCGAGUCCAAGUCUGAGUCUGAGUCUGAAGAAGAGGAUCACGAGCCACAAUACCGAUCGCAAAGGAUGCGAGAAGGUGCUCCCCGGCGGCGUCCUAGCUUACGCCACGCAAAUACUACACCUGCUCCGCCAGCACCCGAACCAAAACGACCGCAGACCGUUGUCAUACCUGAGCGACGUGAUCCUCCCAUCCGCGACCGCGCUGAUUCUCGAUCAACCCGACGCCAGUCCAUGAGUAGACCACCGCUCAUUCCCUCGAUCAAGUCUCAGUCGGCUUAUGAUACUUCACAAGCCCAUGUCAUUGUAGAAGGAUCUCGACCAUCCCGUCGCGAGGCAUUGACAGCUUACGACAGGAGCGUCAAGGAACAUCGCAGGACACGGCGACAGGAGUACAACGAGCCGGUGCAAUCGAAACGAUCUUCAAGAGCUUACGAAAACGUUAUCACUACCGGUCAUGACUAUGAGCGAGAUUACUAUGAUGACGAGGGACCUGAACUUCUUGCUCGUGCUCCUCUCCGUCGUCGUGGUACCGACGCUGAUCCCCGUCGGCGGCAUGGUCCUGUCAUCAGACAGACUGCUGAUGCCGAAGAUUACAUAACCGCGAGUCGAGGGGAGCGCGAUACACUCGCUGAUCAGUCAUACGCUAUUGCGAAGAAGCGAUCGUCACGCACGUCUGCCGGGCCCUCUGAACCCGAGUCCUCUCGCAGUAGGGGCAGCGAAAACAAUGGCGAGAUUCGUCUUCUCAUCGCAAACGACGCUCCAGUUACCUUCAAGCUUAACGGAGAACUGGAGGGUCGCAGCAUCCAGGUCGUACCUGGUGAGAACGGACAAAACGAGUUGGUUAUUAGCGGCAACGGUCGCAACAGCGAAAGUACCUAUCGCAGUGAGAGAAGUAGCGUUCGAGGUGACAGGAAGGCCAUAAUGCCUGCUAGUCAGGCUCGAAGAGAUGCUGAAGAGAUGACGGAACGAAGCUCGCAAAGCAGUCGCAGGAGGCGAGAGACGCGAGGUGAACAUGAUGAGCAACCGCGACGUGUUCUACAAGGACGAGUCCGCAGGGAGCGAAGAGAGCCCGAGUACCACCACUAUUAGAGGGUUUCACGACGCUUCGACAGUGAUGGGAAAGCUCUUUACUCGCAUUUGCCCCUGCGUGCGCCUAGUCGUAAGCGUCGCAGCAUCCGUUCGACCUUGUCUCUCGUAAGUCCUUGCAGAAUGCUUGAGCCUCCCCAAAAGUUUCGGCGGACAUGACUGCUUCAAGACAGAACGGAAAGGUUGCCUCAAAAGUUGGCCAAGCUCUUUUCUUCCCCCCCCGUCUGGUACGAUUCCCAAAUUGCGUUUCUUGUUGGUUUGCUGCGUUUGCGACAGUGCAGGUCACAUUGUUAUUGUUUGCUAGACUGGAACGCUCACGCACACGAACACGAUACACAUGUGG